AUGAUCAUCAUCAUCACCACAACCACCACCACCAUCAUCACCAUCAUCACCAUCACCACCAUCAUCAUCAUCACCAUCAUCACCACCACCACCAUCACCAUCACCAUCAUCAUCAUCGUGAUCAUCGUCAGCAGCAUCGCAGCAGCAUCAGCAGCGCACCACCACCACCACGACCCCAACCCCACGACCACACCAGCAUCAGCAGCACCACCACCAGCAUCAGCACCAGCCGCAGCCAGCAGCACCAGCAGCACCAGCAGCAGCAUCAGCACAAUCAGCAGCAGCAGCACCCACCACCACCCACCAUCACGCAGCAUCGCAGCAGCACCAGCAGCAGCAGCACCACCACCACCACCACCCCAUCAGCAGCAGUCACCAGCAUCACCAGCAGCAGCACCAGCAGCAUCAGCACCACCCCACCACCAUCAUCAGCAUCAUCACCAUCAGCACCAUCAGGCAUCACCAGCAGCACCACCACCACCACCACCACCACCAUCAUCACAUCAGCACCAUCAUCACCAUCAUCAGCACCAUCAUCAGCCAUCGCAGCAGCAUCACGCACCACCACCACCACCACCACCAGCAUCAGCAUCACCAGCAUCACCAUUAGGAUACAGGAGAUCGAGAGGGUUCACCAACGGAGAGCGAGGAAUAUCAUUCAGAAACGCCAUCGCCAUCGCAUCUCCUCGGUGCUCCGUACUUUCCCGUCGAUUUCUUCUUCGCUGCUCUGCUGCUCGACGUUCCUUCCUUCCUUCUCCGACGUCCGUUUCUUCUCCACAAGGCGCAUCCUCCGUCGGUCGAUUGUCUCCGGGAGCACACCUCCUCCGACAUUCUUCUCUUUGGUCGAUUUCUUCUCCAACAAAGGUUUGUAUACUGAAUUUCAUCUAUGACAACAAAAUUGAGGUGAAUAUUGUUCAACUAUCUCUAUUAUCAAAUUUUAAUCUUGAAGGGUUUGCCAACGAACAAUUGGCGGCAUUUGAUUCAAAACUCAAAUUGAAGAACACGGGUCGGCCUUUAUUGACUCGACUCAACUCACCCGGUAAAUUGCCGAGUAAUCCACCAAAAUAAUUCUUAGUUUUAUGUUUGUAAACACUUAGUUAAACAUUUGUGGUUGACACUUUUAAUGUGUAUUAUUAGAUACAUUUAAUGUAGUAUUAGUCAAUGUUAGUAAUAUGUAUUUGUAUUUGAUAUUUUUUUAGGUUUAUUAGUUUUAUU